UUUUAGGAUUACACAACGCACGAGUCAUCAGGCCCGACACUUCGGUUCGGAGAACGGUCUAGAACGUGCUCGAUAGCUCUUCUUGUCGGCCGUGUCUGGUGUCUCCAUGACGGGCCAUAGCUUACUUGGGCCCCUCCACUCAGUUUUCUUGUGCGUAUCUCGAACGUCGUAUCAAAUCAAAUUGAAUGUUUCAAUGAAUGUUCAUUCCUGCUGAGUGGCAGGCUCAUGUUCGUUCGUCUUCCCCCCCAUACAUCAUCGACAUCGGAUUCAUAUAUUGACGCGAGUAUUCCAAUACAUACCCAUGCUCGGAUUGUGAUUCCAAACAUAAUUCACAUCAUCUAGACGAGAAUAAGAGAGCCUUCAGAUCGACCAUGAUCACCCUCUACAGUUGGGGACGAGGUGAUCAAGGACAAUUGGGGCUAGGGGGAGGUCUAGAGAGCCCGUACGUGUCGGUGCCUCGGAAUAUUCGACACGUACCUUGGAUCUCGGAGAAGGCCGAUGACGAGUUGGGUUCCACUCGUCGCGCUCACGUGGCUCAAAUCGACUCGGGGGAUGAGCAUACCGCAGUGCUCAUGAGUAACGGCAGUGUGUUCAUCUGCGGUUCCAAUGAUAUGGCCCAAUUGGGUCAUGACCAGAGCCAGAGUCGGUUUGAACGCAUUGAGAGCUUAAGCCCCUAUAAAGUCACGCACCUGGCGUGUGGUGGGAAACACACCUUGGCGUUGGAGCAAUGGGGCAAGGUCUUUUCUUGGGGGUCCGACGAUCGUGGUCAGUUGGGACAGAACUCCGGGGAAGAAAAGUGGCCCAUGCCCAAGAUAAUCCGGGGCUUGGCUCAUUUGAAUGUGGUGCAAGUGGCGUGCGGAUGGAAGCAUAGCCUCGUUCUGACCAACAAUGGCCGGUUAUUUGCCUUUGGUGAUAACACCUACGGACAACUCGGGUUGGGCAAUGAUGGCGGGGAUCGAGUUUUGACACCGCAACCCAUUGAAUCACUGAGCGGCUUACCCAUCAAGAAAAUCGCUUGCGGGGGCUAUCAUUGUGUCGUAGUGACCAUGUCCGGUGCGGUUUUUGCUUGGGGUCGCAAUAAUCACGGACAAGUGGGCGUGGAUGGCAAUGAAUCCAAGUUCUUUCCGGUGCAGAUUCGGAGCCUCCGAAGUCAAAACGUGGCCCAUGUGGCUUGUGGGGAUGAGCACACGGUGUGCCUAACCCAAUUUGGGGGGGUGUUCUCGUUUGGCUGUGGUCGAUACGGACAAUUGGGCCAUGGAAGUUGGAACAAUGAACAGUCUCCCAGGCAGGUCAUGGAGCUCAUGGGCACAGAAGUGUCGCAAGUGGCGUGUGGCAAACGCCAAACCUUAGCCUUUGUGCCAUCUCGAGGGCGGCUUUACGCUUUCGGAUUGGCUGGAUCGGGUCAAUUGGGCAGUGAGAACACAAGCAACUCCAACACGCCUCAAGUAGUCCAUGGAUCUUGGGUCUCCCCAAUGGGGAACAUGUUGAAAGCCAUUAAGAGAUCUAUUUCGUUAGUGGAGCAAGAGCAACUUGUUUUGUUUCUCGUAGGAGCCGGAGGAGACCAAAGUUUUGGGGCUGUUUGUCCGAGAUUUUUCGCAGAGCAGAAUCGAUUGGCAAUCGACAUGCGAAAAACCUCCAAAUCCGCCAGUAUGCAAGUGAUAUCUUCGGACAUUCAAGACUUUUUCAGAACGGCUAAACCAGACCAAAGUUUAGACCAAGAUCUCUUAGAGAUCCUGGAAACCAUUUUCAGUUCCACUAGUUGUCUGAACGGAUCAUUACUCACCUCAACUCAUCAACCGUGUUCUUCUAAAAAUUCAGGCAUUGAUUUCAAAGCCUGGAUCGAGUUUUACUCCAUCGUGAAGUCUUGUCCAAACAAGACGUUAGUUGAGAUUGUCGAAAACGGGAUCAUUCAAUCGAUAAUUCCCAAACUAAAACAGACUCCUCCAGACGUAGAAACCCUUCGGGUAUUUUUAACCCUGCCUUUAUUUCACAAAUUUGACGAUCCCACCAUGCACGAAGAGCUUCAAACCCCAUUCGCCAAUAACUUGAUCUCUUUGGAUAAGAACCCGUGGAAUGUGAUUGAAAAAUGGAUCUCACAACAAGACAAAUCCUACUUGAAGGGAUUGGUCCAAAAGCUAAAGAAUGUUGCCAGGCACAUCCUCAAAAGUAGGUCCCAAUCAUCUACGUCAAAUCGGCGCUUGGAAACUAGUCUGGUGUUGCUUCGCAUUCUUAACCGCAUCAACGUCGAUCAAAACCUCAUCAUUGACUACGAGGACUUUUAUAUUCCCGAAGUAUCCGAAUGUCUGGAUCUAGUUACGUGUUAUGCCAGAUGGCUGGCCUUACGGAGCGAGGGGGGGACCGAAUUCAGCAUCUGCAAUUAUCCUUUCGUCUUCGAUGCGGUUGGAAAAUCCAUAUUACUGCAUGUGGAUCAAGCCUUUCAAAUGCAAAAGGCCGUACACGAGGCUCGAAGUACGGCGAUGUUGAGUAAUUUUUUCGUUCCGAUCAUCGAUCCGGAUCAAACAUCCUUUUUGAUUCUUCAUGUGAGUCGGGAUAACAUUGUGACUGAUACCUUGACUCAGAUUCGACUAGCUUCCCGGUCUGACCUAAAAAAGCCCCUUAAGAUUCGAUUUCAAGGAGAGGAAGCUGAAGAUGCGGGUGGCGUGCGGAAAGAAUUCUUUUUGCUCAUUCUUAAAGAACUCCUAGAUCCCAAAUAUGGAAUGUUCAAAGAAUAUGAAGAAACUCGAACUAUUUGGUUCCACCCAUUGUCAUUUGAAGAAGAUCAGAUGUUCUUCAUCAUCGGGGUAGUGUGUGGACUGGCCAUCUAUAACUUCACGAUCAUCAAUCUUCCUUUCCCUCUGCCUCUUUACAAGAAACUCCUCGGGGACAAGGUUGGGAACCUGGACGAUCUAGCCACUCUCUCUCCCACCAUCGCCAAAGGUCUCCAAGAUGUCUUGGCCUACGAUAAAGACGACUUGGAAGAUGUAUUCUGUCUGAAUUUUGCUCUCUCAGAGGAGCAUUACGGAGAGCUGAAGACACUUCCGUUGAAAUCUGGCGGAGAAAAUAUUCCGGUGACUCAAAGCAAUAAAAAAGAAUAUGUAGAUUUGCAUUGCCAGUUCGUCCUCAAUGAAAGCAUCAAAAAGAGAUUUGAUGCCUUCAAGCAGGGCUUUGACUUGGUGUGUGCUGGACGUGUUCUCGAAUUGUUUCACGCACAUGAGCUCAUGGCUGUAGUGGUUGGCAAUCAAAACUACGACUGGGAUGAGUUAGAAAAAACCACGGAGUACAAGAAUGGGUACACGAAAGAUCAUCCCACCAUUCAGAAUUUUUGGUCCGUGUUCCACAAUGACUUGACGGAAGAUGACAAAAGGAAAUUCCUCCUUUUCCUCACUGGCUGUGACAGAAUUCCAAAUACCGGCAUGAAGUCAUUGUCGAUGGUCAUUCAGAGGACUUUGAAUGUUCACCAUUUGCCGGUAGCCCAUACUUGUUUCAACAUCCUUGAUCUCCCCGAAUACGCAACCAGGGAAAAACUCCAUUACAA